UUUUCGAUUCUGUGUUUAAUUCUUAUCUUGUGUUGGAUAAAGGCUUGUGUUCUUGACAGUAAGUUCUCUGCACAACAAAGCUAAACAAUAUUGCUGCAGUCACUUGAAUAAAACAGAACAGAGAGAAAAACUUAGGGAGAAGUAAAGAAAACAAACCAACCCUUUCUUUGUUAUAUUAGUAGUUAGUAUUUAGUAUUUUUUCCAAAUUAUUUUUGAAGUUUCUAAUACUUAUGGUCGUUCCACAGCCUGUAGGUUUAAUUCGUGAACAAAGUAAUGUCCUUGCUAGACAGGUAAAUAUCAUAAACCUUUUUUUUUAUUCGCAUAAAGAUGUUGAUACUCUUUUUUGUUGAUAUGAGUAGUUUUUUUAUAGUGAUGAUAGUAUAUUUUAUAAACUUGUUCUUUUUUGUUGAAUUAGCUAUUGUGAUUUGUGUCAAGUUGCAGAUUUGUUUUCUUAAGUAUCAAGUUCUAUAUAUUGUGAUUGUGUCAAGUAACUUAAAGGAAUUCCUAUUUUUUUCAUGCGAAUAUGUUAAUGCAACACUUUUUUUUGGUUGGUUUUUCUUUUUUCUUUGGAACUGGCUACAUCAACAAUUUGGCCUUCAGUAUUGUUUAAUGCAUUAAUAUUCUAAGUUCAUGAUGUGGCUUUUAGUUUAUGUUACUUCAUACAUCCUUUAUCCUUGGUUUUUCCUGUGUGGAGUUGAAGACCACAUCUUUGAUUGACCUAUUAAAUGCAAAGUAGGCAAAGAAUAGUCAUUUGCAUCUAGCCUCUAAGUAGAUUUUAUUCUCUUUAUAUUUUUAACCAUUUACCAUACUUCUUGUAAACUUUAGUUGUCUUUACUCAGAAAAUAUAGGUAUACAUGGGUUCUUAUAGAACAAGGGCUAUAGACACCAACAGGUAACUAGUACAAGAUCAGAAAACUAAGGCAUAUUUACAAUAGUGAGUAAUACUAUGUACAACAAUUAAUAAAAACACAUUCAGUAAUAUUAUUAGUGAAUCUUUCUUUUUCAAUACUACAUAUAUAUGGAUCUGGCACAAUGCUUUUCUACAAUUGAUUUGUUUCUUUUGAAAUUAAUAUAUGUGAUACUUUGUUGCUUUCUUUCUCAUUUUCUGACAAGUUUAUGUUCCCAGGUGUUUUGGCUUUCUAUUGAUUAUCUUGCAGUUGCAAAGUCCGCAGUUUUACCUCAACAUAUUGAGAUACUUGUCUCAGCAGUCACUCAUAUCAAUGAACCUGACAGCUUAUAUGGGAUCAUUCUGUCCAACAAGUAUGAGGCUGCUUGGCAUGCUGGAAACUGGAAUUUUUCCUUACUUUACAUGGGAGAUAAUUCACAGAGUGAGCAGAACUAAAAGUGGCCAUUUCAAUGAAAAUCUGCACAGGUAGAAUGAUGAGUUAAGAUUUCUUUUUUACUUCAGUAUAAUUCUACCAUCUAUAUAGUAGAACUUCUGGGGCAUAGUUUAUCUCUACUACAAGUACUUGCUCCACUAUAUAACUAAGAUGGUCAUACUGGACUUGAGGCUUUUUAUUGUUAAAGAAAUAUUUCUUUCUUUUUUUAAAACAAAACUGCCUUGUAUUUCUUGUAGAAUAAAACGUAAUACAACCAUUACAUAUAUAUAGGGUUUAUACAACUAAUACUCUUAAUUAUAGAAUAAAACGUAAUAAACAUAAUUAACUACAAAUCCUAUAAAAAAGGAAAUAACAUCUAUAAUCCUUGAUUUCCUCUUACUUCUUUCCAAGGAUACUUUGGUAACAUGCUAUUAUCUGGCUCUC